ACGACGUCAGUCUAUGAAGCGUUGCAGUCUCUGGUAGACAUUAGGAGAUAGUGAAACCAUGCCUCUGGCGCCAAAUUGAUGAGUAGGUCAUAGAAACCAAGUGAAACCCAUCCUCAAUAUGUAUAAUAUACACAGCAGAAGAAGAACUAGCUAGACCCUGGACGGUGACAAUGGUGAAAUAAAGUGAAAUUAAUGAUAUAAAAACACAGUGAGAAAAAAACUUCAAAAUGGGAUGCAAUUCUCAUUUCUUAGACAAAUUUCUAAAAAAAUGGUUUUACAAUCUAGGAUUCUUUAUUGGAGAAAAUCCUGGCUAUUUUCUCAUAAUACCUUUACUAUUAACAGCGCUAUGUGCCUCCGGGUUUCAAACAGUGAAUAUAGUGGCAGAUCCAGAAUAUCUUUUUAGUCCCUCGGACGGAGAAGCGAAGACUGAAAGAGCAAUCUUGGAAUCACAUUUUCCUACAAACUACAGUCAGUUUGAUCCUAGUAGAGCUUCCAGGGGAGGAAGGUUUGGUCGUCUUAUAGUUACAGCAGCAGACGGAGGCAGUAUUCUUCGAUCUCAGGUUUGGAGAGAACUUAGUUUUCUGAACGAUGUUGUUAAGAAUAUCAGUAUCCAGUGGGAGGAGACAAACCUUGGUUAUAAAGAUAUCUGCGCCAAGGCGUUGAACGGAUACUGCUGGGGGAACGAAAUCCUGGAGUUGGGAGCAUACAUAGAGGAGAUAGAAUCCAGGGAGCUCAACCUAACCUAUCCUAUUUGGCUCAGUCCGGAUACAUUCAAGGCAUAUGCUUUCCCGAUGUUCUUCGGUGGUUUUCAUCUGACAGAGGACAGUACGAUCGAAGGCAUUGAAGCUGUGAGCUUAUUCUACUUUCUCGACACUACAGAACCCUGGAUGAUUAAACGAGGAUCUACUUGGGAGGCGUCCUUCCUUGCAUCAGUCAACUCUUUAAACCUGACAAACCUUGUUAUAGAACGGUUUAGUUCUCUCACCCUGGAGACAGAACUAGAGAACAACACUAACUCCGUUAUCCCAUACUUCUCCCUCAACAUUGGCAUUAUGGUCCUCUUCUGUAUAAUAACCUGUAUGAUGACGGAUUGGGUGAAAUCCAAACCCCUCCUAGGACUUAUGGGAGUUGUGUCCGCAAUAUUUGGAUCCAUCGCUGCUUUUGGUCUGGUUAUGUACCUCGGCAUGGAGUUUAUUGGCAUUAACCUCGCAGCUCCCUUCCUCAUGCUCGGGAUAGGGAUAGAUGAUACUUUCGUCAUGUUAGCCUCCUGGAGGAGAACUUCAAUCCACGAUCCUGUCUCCGUUAGGAUGGGGAACUGCUACAGAGACGCCGCCGUGUCCAUCACCAUCACAUCUAUCACGGAUAUGCUCAGUUUCUGGAUCGGCGUCAUCACACCCUUUCCCUGCGUACAGAUAUUUUGCGUAUACACUGGGGCUUGCGUAGUAUUCACCUACUUUUGGCACAUUACAUUCUUCGGAGGAUGUAUUGCAUUGACUGGAUACGCGGAGAAACAGAACCGACAUGCUCUCACAUGUUGUGUAGUUCUUCCAAAAUCGCAAGCAGAAAACAAGAGUUGGCUCUACCGUAUAUUUUGUACUGGUGGAGUAAACUCAGAAGAUCCAUGGAACCCGAAGGACAACAAAGAGAACGGGAUGAUGAAGUUUUUCCGUGAUGUAGUCGGCACCUGGAUAAACAAAUCGUCCUCCAAGGCUCUGAUUCUCCUAGUGUUCUUCGUCUAUGUUGGAGUUGCAUCCUGGGGGGUUACGCAGCUAAAAGAAGGUUUGGAGAAGAAGAAACUAUCCAGGUUUGAUUCCUACUCCGUGACCUACUAUGAUGCAGAGGAUAAAUACUUCAGAGAAUAUCCAUUCCGUAUCAGUGUAACGGUUAGUGGACCAUUGGACUAUAGUGAUAAGAAGAUUCAAGAGGACAUGGAGAAACUACUCUCUGCUCUAGAGAAUACAACAUUCAUAGCUCCGAUAUACACUGAGAGUUGGCUCAGAUCUUAUGUAGACUAUGUGGAUCGAUGGAAGGAUUAUCCAGACUCAGAACUUAAUGUUGACGAUGAGCAAUCAUUCAUUAAAACAUUGGAAGAGGUAAACUCUCUAUUAAUUAAACUGAAGGAAAUAUUUAAUUUUUUUCGAAUUUUGUUUGGUCAUGCUGAUUGCGGGACGAAAAAGCAUAUAUACGGGAGCAGGUUUGUUCUCCAGGGGUUCAAUAUCACCAAUGCUAAAGACGAAGCUUCUCUGGUUCGGGAGCUGAGAGCAGUCUGUUCAGCUUCAGGAUACAAUGUAACUGUGUUCCACCCAUACUUCAUAUACUUCGACCAGUUUCUCCUGGUUCUUCCGACAACUGUUCAAUGCGUCGUGAUUGCUGCUGCUGUCAUGAUGGUUGUCUCCUUGAUCUUCAUACCGAACCCGAUCUGUUCGCUGUGGGUCGCCUUCUCCAUCAUCUCCAUUGAGCUGGGGGUUCUAGGGUUCAUGACACUGUGGGGAGUUAGUCUGGAUUCUAUCUCCAUGAUAAACCUAAUCAUGUGUAUAGGGUUUUCCGUGGACUUCGCAGCUCACAUCUCCUACCACUACCUAGAUGCUGAGGGAACCCCAGACGAGAAGGUGAAGGCUAGUCUCUACGGAUUAGGUCUACCCAUAGUACAGGGAGCAAUAUCUACCAUACUUGGAGUUAUAGGACUCAUGAUUGCUCCGUCCUACAUCUUUAUCACGUUCUUCAAGAUGGUUUUCCUUGUCAUCCUACUCGGAGCUCUGCACGGUUUAUUCCUUCUCCCUGUUCUCCUCUCACUGUUUGGACCUGGAUCCUGCAGUAAACAGGAGAAACCAAAAUUAAAAUCCCCGGCCACCUCCUACAUGUCGGACGGAGACAGUAUUCCAACUAAAUCCCGGAGAAAAAGUCCCAGCCUGGAUUUUGGUGAGGAAGGAUUAAAGAUUCCUCGACCAGCAACUACAAUUAGUUUGAGUACAGCUACAGCUACAGAUAUAGAGACUAGUGGAAGCAGUCCUGGUUCAGCUCAGGCCAAUAAACGACAAGAGAAACAGAAGAAAACCCGUCGAACCCGGCAGGAACUUCACGAGAUGUAUCAUAACAACGGAUACCUCUCCGAGGAGGACAACGAGGAGGUCGGAGUUAGAAACUGGAGGACGCAUCCUCGAGGAGCAGUUCCUGCAGGGAUAAUGUACUACAAUAACUAUCCCGGAUACUUCCCACCCUAUGGAUAUCCAGUAGAUCGUCAACCCCAGAGCAGUCAACCUCAUCCAUCCAGAGAAAGGAGACGAAGGAGCGCGAGCAGAGAAUGCAAGAAAACUAUUCCUAAGCACUGAAAACAAUUUUAAUAAAUUUCCUAAAUGUGCCACAAUUAUGUCUCAAGACACUAAGUGCCGAAAUAUUCUUCCAUUAGUUUUACUUUUACCUAUUCGUUAGUGUACUUACAGUGAGAAUUAGACAAUUGUAGAAUAAGAAGACGACAAUAUAUCAAUACUCAAGUGUAUUUAAUGUUGUUACAAAGCAAUUAGUUUUACAACUUAUUAUCUUAUUAACAACUUAUUAAAUCAGUCAUUAAGUUAAAUGGGUCUUAGUAGUGAUGAAACUGUGUCUAAUGUUCUAUUCAAAAUCAUAACUUGAGUCUAAAAGUCGUCUUCCUAUUCCAGAUUUUUUUCUGGUUCUCACUGUAGUAUUCGUUUGUGUAUAUUUAUGUCAACAGUAAUUAGAUAUUUUAAAUAUUGUCAAUUAUAAUCAAAAUGCUCAAUAAAUUAAAAACUAUGUAGA